GCCUCGUGUGCGCGGGCAGCGACGACGGUAACGUGAGGGUCUACAAGCGUGGCACGCUGCGCGCCGAGAAGGACGAGUAUUCUUUGGUGCAGCAGUUCGCCUGCCACGAAAAGGUGAAUGAUCUUCGCAUCACCACGGAUGGCAAGGUCCUCGCCCUGAAGACGCGGCGGAAUCGCGUACCCUCGGGUUUGGACAUCAUCGACCUGGAGCACGCGGGGCAAUCCGUUGUCGAGGGCGGAAGCCGGGCUUCCAGAGGGAAGUUCCUACAUGCUGUGGACGGCUUCGAUGGUGGCUGCUCCUUACACCAGGUCCCCAUGGUUGGAGAGCAUCCCCUGACAACUGGCUUUUCCGCCAUGCUCUUCGACUUCCGGCGUAGCGAUCCCUGUGUGCUGGAUGUUCCCGUGACCGAUGAGGGCACCGGCAUGGUUCUGUGGCCUUUGCGGGCUGGACGCUUCCCUCAGGUGUUUUGCGGUCUGGCUCCAGAGUCCUCGAGUCUUGCAGGUCCCCAAGGUCUCAUCAGCAUGGUGGACUUCAGAUACGCAGCGGCCCUGGUUCCAGCUAUCCAUCUGCCCGGCCCUGUUGACGACUUCCGGUUCUUGGAUGGGAGCAUCUAUGCCAUCUGCUCUGACAUGAAUACCAGGCCCUCGCCCCUCACGCUGCAUCGAUACAGUCCCGCAGCCGGCCGGGCAGAAUAUCUCUGCACAGUUGUGGAGUCCUGUACCGGUCGGAGACCUGAAUGGGAUAUUAAAGUCUUAGGGAUCCAUCCUGGUGGCUUUGCCGUGGCCUUUGGCGAUGAGCUGGCGGUGGGCACGGUGGCACGGCCGCCUGAGUGGACGGCGUGA